AUGCAUUCCUACAUUCGUCCCAACCAGUUCGUGGCUAUCCAGUUGCCCUCGGACCAAACCCGCCUCAUUCAACUGGUUCCAAACUCUUUGGUCCAAUUGGGCAAAUACGGAAGUUUCGCUGCAAACCAGAUCAUCGGACGGCCAUUUUACUAUACCUUUGAAAUUCAAGAUACCGCCGACAGCGAUGGCUACAAGCUGCGGGUCGUUUCGGCCACCGAGCUGCAUGCUGAAACCUUGAUUGAAGAGGCCGAGGCGGACGGUGAGGGAGACGACCAGGAGACUGGGGCUGGGGUACCGAUGCGCACCAACCGCCAGAUCGUCGACGAUGCGUCCACCCAGACACUCACCCUGCAGGAGAUCGAGGAGCUCAAGAAAGAGGCUGGCGGGGCUGGAAAAGAAAUCGUUGCGAAGCUUUUGGAGUCGCAUACAGCCCUGGACCAGAAAACCGCCUUCUCACUGGCCAAGUACACCCUCCGCAAACGCAAGAAGUACAUCAAACGGUUUACCGUUCUCCCAUUGGAUGUCAGCACCCUCGCCAACUACAUGCUGGCCCAGCGGGACGCAGGGAGGACGAUGGAGCUGCGAGACGAACAUAUCGGUCUGCUAGGAUGCUUGGGAAAUGUGCAUCAUAGCGGUGAGUCGACUGUGGAUGCAUUGCCGGCAGUCAAACAGAAUGGCCGUUACCUGGUCGUCGACGAGACAGGUGGCCUCGUUGUCGCUGCCAUGGCGGAACGCAUGGGAAUCCUAUACCCGCACGAUGAGGAGGAUCAGGAAGACGAGGAGGUGGACGACCAAUCUGCCACAACCAAUGUCAACAAGGGUGACGGAGAGGCCCAGAACACCUAUCCGAUCCCGCCGCGUAGGCGGCCUCGCCCUAUGUCGGCUGAUGGCAACACCAUCACUGUUGUCCACGCCUACUCCCAGCCCAACCUCUCCCUAUUGAAAUACUUUGGUUAUGAUACCAACCAGCCCGACGAGAAACAUCCACUUCACACUCAUCUCAAGUCAAUCACUUGGCUACAACUGCUUGACCCGACAUCUGAUCCAAUCCUCGCCAACCAGCCUUCCGUCAUGCCCGCGGAAGAAUUGGCCGCAGCCAAGGCCAGUAAGCGAACCGCAUACUAUUUCAAGCGGAACCGCUAUGAGAGAGUCAAGCAGGUGACGAAGGAAACCCGCGAAGGGGGCUUUGAUGGCCUUGUCGUCGCCACCUUGCUGGAGCCUCCCAGUAUCAUGAAGAACCUCGUUCCCCUUCUCUCCGGAUCUGCACCUAUCUCUAUCUAUUCCCCAACCAUCGAGUCUCUGGUUGUACUGGUGGACCUCUACUCCACUGCACGGAGAACAGCAUUCAUCAAUCGCAAGCGAGAGCUGGAGGCGCAGAAGAACUCCGACGAGGACACCAUCGACAUGUCAUCAUUAUUUGACGAAUUUGAACUGGAUCCUACCCAAAUUUUGCCCCCAACACUUCACCGAACGCGUGUUCGUGCCUGGCAAGUGCUGCCUGGCCGGACACACCCUCUCAUGACUGGGCGCGGUGGCGCCGAGGGAUAUCUCUUCCACGCCAUACGGGUCAUACCGACAGCCCAGAACAUCCAGGCUGCGGGUACCUUCCGGAAGAAGAGAAAGCUAGAAGCAACAUCGACACCGGCGAGUGACCGAGACGUCGAGAUGACAUCUUGA